UGCUCAGCAGAGGUUACUGCCGGUCAGUCUGAGCCGCGCAGCCCGGCUUCAUCUGCUUCAUCUGCCUCAUCUGAUCAUCUAGGAGGUUUAAGCGGUGGCAACAGUUGAACAGUUGUUUUAGCCCCGCUGCGGUGGAACCAUUGGUGUGUGCGAGGCCUUUUACUCUUCCCAACCAAGACAUCUGUCGUGACAGUCCUCGGAUAUUUUUGGAAACAGUGGCCAAUCUCGACCUGCCUGACCAACCGUUGCUUCCACACAAUCUCCCAACAUGGGUGCCCAGCUAAACUCCACUCUCCAGUCGUUCCUCUUGUUUCCGAUCCACCUCCUGAUAUGGCUGUACUCCGUCCUCUCAUUCCUUCCUUGGUACUUCAUCACGGGAGCCGGCCAAAGAAAAUCUCUGUCCAAUCGGAUAAAGGCGCGAUCCACGUCCGGCUGCCGGGAGGGCCCGUACCGCUCUGUGGACCACUUUGAUUCCCUGGCUACGGAGGACUUCCCGGACAAGGACACCCUGGACAAGCUGUUCAAGUAUGCCGUGCAGCGCUUUGGAGGAGAUCACUGUCUCGGCACCCGUGAUAUACUAAGUGAAGAGAACGAGAUACAGCGCAAUGGGAAAGUUUUUAAAAAGCUGAUCUUGGGGGAGUAUAAAUGGCUUUCCUAUGACGAGGUGGACGCCAUAGUGGAUGAAUUUGGCUGUGGACUGGCAGCUCUGGGGCAGCAGUCCAAAAGCACCAUUGCAAUCUUCUGUGAAACCAGAGCUGAGUGGAUGAUUACUGCCCAGACAUGCUUCAGGCACAACUUCCCAUUGGUGACUUUCUAUGCCACACUGGGAGAGGAGGCGAUUGCAUACGGGCUCAACGAGACCGGCGUUACACAUCUGGUUACCAGCACGGAGCUGCUCGAGACUAAACUGAAAAACGUCCUGCCACAGAUCCCCAAACUGAAGCACGUGAUCUACGUGAACCAGAAGAAGAUGAGCACAGACGGUUACCCAGCAGGAGUUUCCAUCCACAGCAUGCAGGCGGUGCGAGAGCUGGGCACGCGACCAGAGAAUAUGCAGAUGGACGUUGUGAAGCCCCAGCCCUCUGACCUGGCUGUAGUGAUGUACACCAGCGGCUCCACAGGCCGGCCUAAAGGAGUCAUGAUCGUCCACAGCAACCUGAUUGCAGGAAUGACGGGCCAGUGCGAACGCAUCCCCGGACUGGGGCCUGACGAUACCUACAUAGCCUAUCUGCCCUUGGCUCAUGUUCUGGAGAUGACAGCUGAGAUCUCCUGUGUCACAUAUGGCUGCCGGAUCGGCUACUCAUCCCCACAGACGCUGUCAGACCAGUCCACUAAGAUAAAGAAAGGAAGUAAAGGAGACUGCUCUGUGCUCAGACCCACUUUGAUGGCAGCGGUGCCUGAAAUCAUGGAUCGCAUCAACAAGAACGUGAUGAGUAAAAUACAGGAAAUGAGUUACAUUCAGAAGACGCUGUUUACUCUGGGCUACAAUUACAAACUGGAGCAGGUCAAGCGGGGCUAUGAUGCACCACUCUGCAAUUUCUUGUUGUUCCGUAAAGUGAAGAAACUGCUGGGGGGGCAAGUGAGGAUGAUGCUGUCCGGAGGAGCUCCUCUCUCCUCGGCCACUCAGAGGUUCAUGAAUGUGUGUUUCUGCUGUCCGGUGGGUCAGGGCUACGGCCUCACGGAGACAUGCGGCGCUGGCACCAUCACAGAAGUUGCAGACAUCAGCACUGGUCGUGUCGGAGCUCCUCUGAUUUGCUGUGAGAUCAGACUCAGGGACUGGGCUGAAGGUGGAUACACCGGCAAAGACAAGCCACAUCCUAGAGGGGAGAUCCUUAUUGGCGGUCCCAAUGUGACCUUGGGUUACUACAGGAACGAAAACAAUGACAAGGACUUUUUUGUUGAUGAAAAAGGUCAGAGAUGGUUCUGCACUGGAGAUAUCGGAGAGGUUUACCCUGACGGCUGUCUACAAAUAGUGGACCGCAAGAAAGACUUGGUCAAGCUGCAGGCGGGGGAGUAUGUGUCUCUUGGUAAAGUGGAAUCUGCACUGAAAAGUUGCCCCCUCAUAGACAACAUCUGUGCAUACGCUAACAGCGAGCAGAACUACGUGAUCAGCUUUGUGGUUCCCAACCAGAAGAAGCUGACGGAGCUAGCCAAGCAGAAAGGCAUGGAGGGAUCGUGGGAGGAGAUCUGCAAGUACCCCGGCAUGGAAACGGAGGUUCUGAGGGAGAUCAAGGAGGUUGCUGCUAAAAUUAAGCUGCAGCGGUUUGAGAUUCCAGUCAAGGUGCAUCUGAGUCCUGAUCCGUGGACCCCAGAGACGGGUCUUGUUACAGAUGCAUUCAAGCUGAAGAGGAAGGAGCUGAAGAACCACUAUUUCCAGCACAUAGAGAGAAUGUAUGGAGGGAAAUAAUCGAGUUCUACUCACAAGUCUUGCGUCAUCAUAACCACUGGAUGUGUAAAUAGUUAGCCCGGCUUCACCAGACGAAUGCACAAAUAGGAACUAGUCUGGAAGUUAAGAUUAAUUGAAAAUUCCUGGAGUACACCCACGACGAGUUAAAACAAUAGGAAACAUGUUAGGAAAAUUAGCAAGUGGCUGCUGAGUAGAUGAAAGUAUACCGUCCAGAAACCACUCACAUGUUAGUGGAUUAGUAUGUUCCAUAAGUGCCUCAGCGGCGCUCCCGUUCACAUAACGUGUCAAACCUGCCCCGUGUCGGAUCGUGACUGGUGAAGAUCCCGUCGGACGGAAGGAGGUCCAGAGAUUCUCUUCCAAAGCUCAGAAUCGUCCGGGCUCCCAGCUAGUACAUAAUGGCCCUGGUACCCAGCUUUUGGCUGUUUUUGUAUAUCGCAGGCUUUCACUUGAAAAGGUCUUAAAGACAAAAGCUGUAAAUAGUUGUAGCUGUUGAUCCACAUGUGCUGCUUUCUAUUUAUCUUGUGUGUAGAGAAGCUUCGUGUGAGAGGUGCACGGAAGCUGCAAGUCUUAUUUUACCGGAGGGGUUACGAGAUAUUUACAGCACCUAACUGCCAUUCACUCCUUUGUGUUUCCACUCGCUUUGACGCGUUGACGAUGAAAAUACCACUGUUGUCCAGAUGUCACUGAUUCUUUGUUGUGGCUUCCACUUUAGAGAAAACUAAUAUUAACAAAGGUCAUUAUCAAAGCGGCGUGCUUUGCUCCUUUGAAGUUGGAGUACUGAUGUUACUGUGCCUUCAGUCUGCAGUACUUUUGUAGUAGUGUGGUCGUAAGAGUCAACUAGAUUAAAUCAAAACGAUUGAUGCAUUUGUUACACAAGUGGCUGAAGUGCCAUGUUACGUUUACAUGAGAUUUUAAGAGUAAUAUGCUCACACAAAGAUACGCAGACAUGGAUUAUCAACAGGAAAUAUGAACUGAACAUGUCCGUUUUAUCCAUUUUUGUUUCGUCAGUUUUGUUGUAUUUAUGCUUUUUUUUUUUUUUUUUUUUUUUAAUGUUUUAUUUUUUUUGUUGGGGAACGAAAAAGACCAAAAUGUAUGAACAACUCAGGAAGAUAAGUAAAUGUAAGAAGUGAAAUUGUCAAAGGGUUUGCUUGUAUAGGAAUGAUUUCAGAGUUCUUGUGGGCACCUUUAUUUAUUUGAAGCAAGCAUGCUUUACUACUAGAAAAGAAAAAGAAGCUUACUAGAUAUAAUCACUCCUGGCAUACUGUAAAACUGUGUGUAUUUUACCUCAGUUAACGGGCAAAUGUACAUUAUCAAAAAUGAUCUGAACAUGAGUGUUAGUUUUCAUAUCAUAGGAGUGUUUUCUAUGUAUUUUUCCAAGUACUGUUUGCUUACAGGUUUUAGAUCACUGGGCCGUGUAGACUGCCAGCCACCACGCAGGCGUUACUCAUCUGGCAUAUAUUGCUCCCAUCAUUAUGGCCACAUACCUUGUUCAGCAUUUCAACAUUAAAAAUCUUU